AGUAGUGCGAUUGCUUUCUGGCUGAUCGGAUUCACCUGCCGUGGAUCGAUACUGCGCAUGCGCAUGAUUCGCUUCGUUUUACCCGCGCCGUGAAUUGACGUAGCGCCAGCGCACAGUGCCGUUUCAUUUCGCGCGCCGUAAGUCAACGUUGCGCAUGCGCGUCAUGCCGUGAGUUGACGAUGCGCUUGCGCGUAUCGCCAUUAUUUCUUGUGUAUUCAUCGGCCUCGUCGCAUACGACAGUGGAUUUGUUUCACUAUUAACAAGAUAUGACGGGAACCACGCGAACGACGAGUGAGAAUGAAUUACGCUCUUUUUUCGUCCUUUUCUCGGAAAACGAUUGCCUGCUGCCAAUGGUACUUCUUAUCGAUGCAGCUUACUUCGGAAUUGAUCGCAUUGGAUCGACGUUUACUUACUAAAUCCUCCGAUGGAUUCACGUGUGUAGCAUUUAAAACAUGGAGGGGACGCCGCUCUUUUCAUCGGCGUUAUAGAUAACAAAUUCCCCCAUCCGCGUGUCAACAUGGCUGCUGUCUAAUCUCCACCAAAAAAAAAAGGAAAAAAAAAAGAAAUAAGAAGAACGAUUGAGAGGAAAGACAGAAAAAUCAAAGCGUCUCUCGACGAUAGCAAGUCAGGAAAAAAGUAAAUAUCCGCUAUCAUAACAGACAUAUUUCCGAAAUAUUCGCUGACCGAUUGCCGGUUCGAAGGUAAAAUCACGUGAAACAUUCGUUGGCGGGUUAAUAACGGCGCAUGCGCAGAUGUGCAGAGCAUCUCCGGUGACCUUGAAAUGGAGGAGCAGCCGCAGAAUACCGAAGGACCAUCGAUAAACUCAUCUUCCCCCUCUGCGGACGAUGCCGAUCUAAGCAUGGGGGCGGGCGCAGCUGGAGGAUCGGUCCUCAGUUUGCCAGGAUCGGGGGUAGGUGGCGUGCUUUCGCAGCACUGCGCGAUUUGCGGUGAUCGUGCAACUGGUAAGCACUAUGGCGCUGCUUCUUGCGACGGAUGUAAGGGUUUUUUCCGGCGAUCAGUCAGAAAGAACCAUCUUUACACCUGCAGAUUUAGUAGAAAUUGUGUAGUAGAUAAAGACAAGAGGAAUCAAUGUAGGUACUGCAGAUUAAGGAAAUGUUUCAAGGCUGGCAUGAAAAAGGAAGCCGUACAAAAUGAAAGAGAUCGGAUAAGUUGUAGAAGGCCAAGCUAUGAAGAACAAAGCAACAACGGAAGUGGACUUUCUGUUGUUUCUCUCCUUCAGGCGGAAAUGCUUAGUAGACAAGUUGGUGCUGCUCUCGAACUAGGUAGUCCGAACAGCGAUAUAGACCUGAGCACAAAACAAAUCGCCAACAUAAACGACGUUUGCGAUAGUAUGAAACAGCAACUUCUUAUCCUGGUCGAAUGGGCCAAGUACAUACCCGCUUUCAGCGAAUUAACUCUUGAUGAUCAGGUAGCACUCCUAAGGGCACACGCGGGUGAACAUCUUCUUCUAGGCGUUGCCAGGCGCAGUAUGCAAUUGCAAGAUGUUCUUCUUCUCGGAAACAAUUGUAUCAUAACCAAGAAUUGUCCUGUCAUAUCAUUAUCCGCAGAGGGCCGUAAUCAGGAUCUGGACAUCAGCAAGGUUGGUAUCAGGGUAAUGGAUGAAUUGGUGAAGCCUUUGAACGAGGUGCAGAUCGACGAUACGGAGUUUGCUUGCUUAAAGGCCAUCGUCUUUUUCGAUCCCAAUGCAAAAGGCUUAAGUGAACCACAGCGAAUCAAGCAACUGCGUUAUCAAAUUCAGAUUAACUUGGAGGAUUACAUAAGUGACCGACAAUACGAUAGUCGUGGUCGUUUCGGUGAGAUCCUCCUAACUUUACCAGCUCUACAGUCCAUUUCUUGGCAAAUGAUCGAACAAAUCCAGUUUGUCAGACUGUUUGGAGUCGCACACAUUGACAACUUACUGCAGGAGAUGCUCUUAGGUGGUGCAACAGCAGAGAUCAACGGUAUUGCAACUCCAAUACCAAUUUCAAACGCUCCUGGUAGUUAUGUGAGCAGCAACGAGAGUCCUAGCAGUCCUUUGACCCCAACAAAUAUGGCUCCAUUAAGUCCUCAGGAUCAUAUGUUGAGUAGUGGAAGUCCUGUAAUGAUCCUGAGGGAUCUUACACCUAUUUCAAAUCAAGAAGACGUGACUAGUGUAACAGGAUUCAGGAUGUUUAAACAGGAGCCCAGUCUUGAAACUGAAUCAACCUUUUAAUGAUAUUAAAAGACGUUAGAGUUUAAAGAUUCUGGCGCAUUGAUUAACAAAGUGCAUAAUUACUGACACAUCAACUCUAUAAACGUUAAAUAUCUACACAGAAACUUAACAUAUUAUGAAAGGAUGCAGAAGGAUUUUUAAGAUCAAAUAUAAAUGAUUAAACUUUAUUGGUAAGAGUUAAUAUAUUAAUUUUCUCGGAUUUUUGGAACAAGGGUGCAUUCUACGAGAGUCUGUAGUCUACUUGAACUUCUGAAAUUUUUCACAUAAAACAUAUUGCAAUAUAAUGCCAGAAGAUGUUUCUUAAAACAAAUUCUUUGAACGAAAAGAAAAUAAUUGGUGAGUUAUCAAAAAACAAGAAAGAAUUUAGUUUAUGUGUCAUAAAACUAGGAGCUUCCUUUGGAUGAUUGAUUUUCAAAUGUUUAAAUGGGAGACAAAUAUUGAGAAUACAUUAAAACAAAUUCACAAAUUUUAAGAUGGUUGGAAAAGGAAAGAUUCCAGAGUCUAUAAAACAUUCAAUAUAUGAUAGAUUCAAAUAGAUAAUAUAAUAGAUUCAAAGAGUCUAUAAAACAUAAAAUUUUUUAAAAUGACAUUAUUUGUUUUAUUACUUCUCAACUUUUUGUGAUGAGCGAAUCAAAAGAACUCGUUGAAGAUAUUUGAAGAUGAUACAUAAGAUGAAGGACUAUUUUCAUUUUUAAAGAUCUCGAAACAUACGAUAAGAUUUUUGAAAAGGUAUCGGAAUUCUUAAAAGAUCCCAAAAACAAGAGUGGAUUUUUAAAAAUCUUUAUCAACUUUGCGACGAGAAACUCAGAUUUUUUAACGAUCUCUAGUGAUCUUUUUGAACAAUUUUUAAAUGCUAGUGAUAAUUCUUAUUAGAUUUAUAAAUAAACAGAACAUUUUUUUAUUCACACGCUACGUUUAUAAAUACAUUUGUUAUUUUUUAAAAUGGUGCAACUUAAGUGAUCAUUUUUAAAAAAGUUUUAUCAAACUUCUCGCAUUCAUAUUCAUCAGUUUUGUUCGUAGUUUAAGAACACUUUUUAGGACUAGAUUAAGGAAUAUCAGAAGUGUUACGAAAUUUCUGAUUAUUGAGUAAAAGUCGCGCUCAAUCAAUUGCUCAAUUACUCAUUUUAAUCACCGUAAUCAUAAGGUUCAAUCAAAAUCAGUCGAUAUUUAGUAAUAAAAUAGUUUUGUUACUUGGAACUUAAACUAAAUAUACAAUAACAUUAAUUUACUUCUUAUCGCAUAAUAUUUAAUAAUCGCAUUUCAUAAAUGUCAUCGGAAGAAAACAAAUCAUUGACUUAAGGAAAAAAGGAAGAAAAGAAAGAUAUGACGUUUAUUCAAAAUUGUAUAAUUUUCUGUAUUACAGAGGAACAAUCUUUCUUUAAAUUUAUUAUUUUAUCAUGAGCUUCAUUAGCGUUUUCUACUUUUAAUUUCAUCAAAAGAUCUUUUGUUUAAUUGGAUCUUGUUCUGUGCGAUCACAUAAAUGCAAUCAUAAAUUUUAAGUGUUAUAUUCGUAGUAUAUAAGCGUAUAGUUAUUUAUACAAAGGGUUUAUUAAUUAUAUUAUUUAUAAUAUAUUCCUACCAGAGAAUAUUUUUGUUACCACAAUAAAACAUCUUGUUAUUCUUGUUAUAUAGAAUAUGCAUUGUAUUAUAUGUACACGUUAAUUAUGAUGAUGAUUAUUUUUAUAAAUACUUUUGUAAAUUAAACGUACGUUACAUUCUUCUGAAAAGAAUAUUGGACAAUAUCGACCAUCUCUUUCUUACACAUCGACAAAUAUUCAUAUAAGUGAAUGUAACAAGAUUUUAAAUAUUGUACAUAGUAUUUUAUAAGGAUAAGUUAUGUUUGUAUACAUACUAAUUUUUAUCUAAUCAAGUCAUCUUAAUGUCAUUUACAAAGAUCAGGGUACAAACAUGUAAUUAUCAUUUCAAAAUCUAAUACUUUCUAGGAAAUGUGCCAAUAUAAAAUAUAUGAUUUUCAUAAUAAAUUCAUUUUAAUUA